UCCUUUUCCAGGAUUUGAAGAAAAGGUUGUUAAGUGGUACUUUGUACGUAGGCACUCCCCCAUGUAACUUGCAAAAACUGCAAAAAAUAUUGCAAACUAACUACUCUUUAUAACCACUUCUUUUAUUAUUUAUAUCUGAGUUUCAUAUAUUUCCCUAGUGAUUAUUAUCAUUCCAUGUCAAAACUUGGUGGGUCAAUGACCCCAGACGAUUUUGGCAGUAGCCGAGGAAGCUGGCCUGGGCUAUCCGCACCGAGCUUCCGAGAUGUUCUAGCCGGUGUUCCGGACGACGUAUUCGGUAGCCGGAGAUGGGAGGAGCAGCAGGAGGAGGAGGAGGAGCUCAGGUGGGCCGCUAUCGAGCGGUUGCCUACCUUUGAAAGGCUAAGGAAAGGGGUGCUUAGAAGAGUACUUGAAGAUGGUAAAAUGGUGGAGAAUGAGGUUGAUCUUCAUAAUAUGGGGAGGCAAGAUAGGAAGGUAUUGGUUGAUACUAUUCUUAGAGUUGUUGAUCAAGAUAAUGAAAAGUUCCUUAGAAGACUCAGGGACAGGAUUGAUAAAGUGGGGAUAGAGAUACCAAAAAUUGAAGUAAGAUACGAGCAUCUGUUCGUAGAAGGAAAUGUACAUGUGGGGAGUAGAGCCUUGCCAACCUUGCUUAAUUCUACAAUGAACUCACUCGAGGCGAUAUUAGGAUUGGUGGGACUAACCCCAUCAAAGAAGAGAACCCUCAACAUACUUCAACAUGUCUCUGGGAUUGUCAAACCCUCCAGGAUGACAUUACUUUUGGGGCCUCCAGGUGCAGGAAAAACUACAUUUUUACUGGCACUUGCAGGAAAGCUGGAUAAAGAUCUCAAGGUUGAUGGGAAAAUAACGUAUUGUGGUCAUGAGUUAAGAGAAUUUGUUCCCCAGAGGACCUGUGCAUAUAUUAGUCAAAAUGAUCUUCAUAAUGGAGAGUUGACCGUAAGAGAGACAUUAGAUUUUUCAGGGCGAUGCUUAGGGGUUGGGACGAGGUAUGAGCUGUUGGCAGAUCUCUCCAGAAGAGAGAAGCAAGCAGGAAUUAUGCCAGACCCUGAGAUUGAUGCCUUCAUGAAGGCCAUAGCAAUGCCAGGCCAAGAAACUAGUCUAGUUACUGAUUAUAUUCUAAAGAUACUUGGACUGGAUAUAUGUGCGGAUAUCAUAGUAGGCAAUGAAAUGCAAAGGGGUAUCUCUGGUGGCCAAAAGAAGCGUGUAACUACUGGCGAAAUGUUGGUUGGUCCAGCAAAAGUUCUACUUAUGGAUGAAAUUUCAACAGGGCUGGAUAGUUCCACCACUUUUCAGAUAUGCAAGUAUAUGAGGCAAAUGGUUCAUAUAAUGGAUGUAACAAUGAUCAUUUCUCUCCUACAACCGGCUCCUGAAACGUAUGAACUCUUUGAUGACGUUAUCCUUCUUUCUGAAGGCCAGAUUGUCUAUCAGGGCCCACGUGAAGAGGUUGUCGAGUUCUUUGAAUACAUGGGCUUCAAAUGCCCGGAGAGGAAAGGAAUAGCUGAUUUUCUGCAAGAAGUGACUUCCAAGAAAGAUCAAGAACAGUUUUGGUCUAGAAAUGACCAACCUUAUCAUUACAUUUCAGUUUUUGAUUUCACGCAGGGCUUCCAAUCUUUCAAAACUGGGGAAAAGCUAGCGUCUGAUCUAGUGAUUCCUUUUGAUAAAUCAAAUGUCCACCCAGCCGCUUUAGUCAAAGAAAAGUAUGGUAUCUCCAAUUGGGAGUUAUUUAAGGCCUGUUUUUGGAGAGAAUGGUUGUUAAUGAAACGAAACUCAUUUAUAUACAUCUUCAAGACUACACAAAUAACAAUAAUGUCAUUAAUUACAAUGACUGUAUUCCUUAGAACGACAAUGGAUCAUAAAUCAGUCACAGAUGGUGGAAAAUACAUGGGGGCCUUGUUUUUUAGCCUCAUAAAUAUUAUGUUUAAUGGUUUUGCGGAACUCUCCUUGACUGUUCUUCGCCUCCCGAUUUUCUACAAGCAGAGAGACUUCUUGUUCUACCCUGCAUGGGCUUAUGCGCUACCAGUUUGGGUCCUUAGAAUUCCACUAUCGUUCGUGGAAUCAGCAAUAUGGACCAUUCUCACCUACUACACUAUUGGCUUUGCUCCAGCUGCUAGCAGGUUUUUCUGCCAGUUGCUAGCGUACUUCUGUAUCCAUCAGAUGGCUUUGUCCCUUUUCCGAUUCCUUGGUGCUGCGGGAAGAACCGUCGUGGUUGCUAAUAAUGUUGGUAUUUUUGCAUUGCUACUAAUUUUUGUCCUGGGUGGUUUUAUCAUCGCAAAAGGUGACAUUGGUCCCUGGAUGAUAUGGGGCUACUACCUUUCGCCUAUGAUGUAUGGUCAGAAUGCUUUAGUUAUUAAUGAGUUUCUUGACGAACGAUGGAGCACUCCUAAUGCAGACUCCAGUAUACGUGAACCUACCAUUGGUAAAGUCCUCCUUGCUUCAAGAGGCUUCUUUAAACAACAGUAUUGGUAUUGGAUCUGUAUUGGAGCUCUUUUGGGGUUCUCUCUCCUUUUCAACCUGUUCUAUAUCCUGUCGCUGACAUUCUUAAGUCCUUUUAGUGAUUCGAAAACCGUAUUAUUGAAUGAUGAUGAUGACAAAAAGAGCAAUAGGACGUACAAGGACAGACUUAAUGGUUUGGAUACAGAGGAUAUGAAUCUGCAUCUAGGCAGUACUAAUUCAAACGGUGAUGUUCCCAUAAGGGGAAUGAUUUUGCCUUUCAAACCUCUUUCACUCACGUUCCAGCAUGUCAGUUACUAUGUGGAUAUGCCUGCAGAAAUGAAAAUCCGAGGUUAUGAUGAAGAUCGCCUCCAACUCUUACGAGAUGUUAGUGGUGCUUUUAGGCCUGGGAUACUGACAGCAUUAGUGGGUGUUAGUGGGGCUGGAAAGACCACGCUGAUGGAUGUGCUGGCUGGAAGGAAAACUGGUGGCUAUAUUGAAGGUAGCAUAAGCAUAUCUGGCUACCCAAAGAACCAGUCAACCUUUGCUCGAAUAAGUGGUUAUUGUGAACAAACUGACAUUCAUUCACCACAUGUCACUGUCUGUGAGUCUCUCAUGUACUCGGCCUGGCUUCGGCUUUCCUCUGAUGUGGACACAAAGACACGAAAGAUGUUCAUUGAAGAAGUAAUGGAGUUGAUUGAGCUUAAACCAUUAAGAGAUGCUCUAGUUGGCCUUCCUGGCAUUCAUGGCCUUUCAACAGAACAAAGGAAGAGAUUGACGAUUGCAGUAGAGUUAGUUGCUAAUCCUUCGAUUAUCUUUAUGGAUGAACCGACAUCUGGGCUUGAUGCAAGAGCUGCCGCUAUUGUCAUGCGCACUGUGAGAAACACGGUGGAUACUGGUAGAACUGUUGUCUGCACCAUUCAUCAGCCAAGCAUUGAUAUCUUUGAGGCUUUCGACGAGCUCCUGUUGAUGAAGAGAGGAGGACAAGUUCUUUAUGCAGGCCCCCUUGGCCACCGUUCUCAAGAGCUCAUUGAAUACUUUGGAGCUGUUCCAGGAGUGCCUAAGAUCAAGGAUGGUUAUAACCCUGCUACAUGGAUGCUAGAUAUUAGUACUUCUCAAGCAGAGUCUCAACUGGAUAUAGAUUUUGCAGGAUAUUAUGCUAAUUCAUCACUUUACCAGAGGAAUCAAGAUCUCAUAAAAGAACUAAGUACUGCAACACCGGGCUCUAGCGAUCUCCACUUCCCAACUAGAUACUCUCAACCAUUCUUUGUUCAGUUUAAGGCUUGUUUUUGGAAGCAAUAUUGGUCUUAUUGGCGGAAUCCACAAUACAAUGUUGUUCGAUUCGUUUUGACCAUAGCGAUCGGUGUUAUCUUUGGUGUUAUAUUCUGGAACAAGGGACGUAAAAUAUCCAAAGAACAAGACCUAAUGAAUUUGUUAGGAGCUAUGUAUUCUGCUGUACUUUUCCUUGGAGCCACUAAUGCUUCAGCUGUGCAAGCUGUUGUUGCCAUUGAGAGAACAGUAUUCUACCGUGAAAAAGCUGCAGGGAUGUACUCAGCAUUUCCCUAUGCAUUGGCUCAGGUGGCAAUAGAAGCAAUCUACACUGUGAUUCAGACAUUACUAUACACCCUUCUCCUCUACUCUAUGAUUGGAUUUGAGUGGAAAAUUGGAAAAUUUGUUUAUUUCUGGUACUUCAUAACGACAUGCUUCAUCUACUUCGCAAUGUACGGAAUGAUGCUUGUCUCUCUCACACCUGGUCAUCAAGUUGCUGGAAUUUUGAUGGGUUUCUUCCUCAGUCUCUGGAAUCUGUUUGCUGGAUUUCUGAUUCCUCGACCGCAAAUACCAAUAUGGUGGAGAUGGUACUAUUGGGCUUCCCCGGUUUCGUGGACAUUAUACGGCCUAGUUACUUCACAAGUGGGCGAUACGAGUUCACUUCUUCAUAUACCUGGUUCUAGCAAUCAGUCUGUGAAGGUUUAUCUGAAAGAAUUUUUGGGUUAUGACUAUGACUUUCUGCCUGUUAUUGCUGUUGGACAUCUUGGUUGGGUCCUCUUCUUCUUUCUUAUCUUUGCCUAUGGCAUCAAGUACCUUAACUUUCAGAAGAGAUAAUAUGGAAGAACUUGAUACUAUCUCCAUUCCGUGAUAGCUAGUCACUCGCCAGAAUCAAACUUUGACCGUUAAUUUCUCUCAUUAUAUAUUUAUAAAAAAAAACUAUACAAAAUUAACAUUAUAAGUUUAUAACAGUUGAUUUUAACACAAAUCUUAUCUAUUGAUAUGUAAUGAGAGAAAUCAUUAGUCAAAAUUGGUUCUUGAAAAGUGAGUGACAGAUAAUACAAAUUAAAGAGCAAGGAUUAGAUGACAUUGCUGUGACAAAUAUAGAAUAGAAAGUAAAUUGUGUGAUUAAUACAGAUGCAAGGUCUUAUUUUUAUCUAUUUAUUUUGCUUUGGAAUAUUAGUAUUAGCUUCAUUUAUUUUUUUGGGUGCAAAAAAAUAGUUUCAUUUAUGUGUUCACAUAGAUGAAACAAGGUGCACAUGUUGGCAGCCUGUUUCUGUACACAUUAAAUGAAAAUGAUACAUAUUUGUAUAUUAAAAAGCUGUUUGUCAUUA